AACAUUUUCCACCAGUUUCCUUUUCCCGCCAUCAUCAUAUGUUCGAAAACGAUUGCUACGAAAUAUUAUUUUUAACUUAGCUUUUUCGUGCAUUUUCAUCGAAAAACAUUAGUUAAACAUGUGUGUGUCGGUGGCCAUUUAUUCCGGAUUAAACUUGUAAAUUUUUAGCCGCUCUUAAAUAGGGUUUUAUGUGCGGUCUAGAUACAAUGCGUUUUGUUCGUCUGCUAUAUAAAAUAUCGGUUAAUCUUUAGAAAUUAGAACAAAGUGGUUUAUAGAUUUUUCUUUACCAUCAGGUGUUGGUUUUAAAUUUUGUUUUUGACAUUGUGAUAUGUAAAAUGUUCGAUCGGAAGAUAUCAACCGAUUGGCAUUGUCAUUGGAAUUGCAAACACUGGCUAAAUUAAUGGUAUAAACAAACGCAGACAAAGUUGCCUAAACAUGAACGGGAUAUAAUUGAGAAUAAAUAAACAAAAACGGUUAACAACACAAUUCCAGACAAAUUUACAGAGAAAGCAUAUCAAAAAUGUGGACCAAUUCUUUGGCACCUGGAUGCACAGCCGAAGAUAUAGGAUUUCCAACAUUUGCAACUUCCACAAGCUCGGGAGCUCCAGCUGGAUUAUCAAUGCCAUACUUGAAGUCAUCUCCAUACAUUAUGACCGUAGAUACAUUACACUCUAUGGGCUAUCCAGGUAAUCCGAGGAAACAGAGACGAGAACGGACCACAUUCACUCGCGCUCAGUUAGAUAUAUUGGAAUCGUUAUUUGGUCGCACUAGAUAUCCGGAUAUUUUUAUGCGUGAAGAAGUUGCGCUGAAAAUUAACUUACCGGAAUCGAGAGUACAGGUUUGGUUUAAAAACAGAAGAGCAAAGUGUCGACAAUUGCAGAAACAGCACCAACAAAGCAGCUCAAAUAAUACGACAAAUUCAACUAGUGCUCGACAUAAUUCGUCUGAAACAACAUCAUUAAGUUCAACAAAUAAUAUCGGGAAAAUACGAACAAUUCCGCCAGGCAAAUUAAAAGCGAAAAUACCAGCACCAUUACUGAGUACAAGUGCACAUAUUUCUUCCAAAGAUGUUUGUGAGAAACCGGAACGAUGUCGAGAUGCAUCGAAUUACAAUAAAGUGUCACAAAACAAUUUUUUUACGCCAUCAAAUCAGGGAAUUUCAACAUUUUGUUCAACAAACAGUGGUAACAGCAAUAAUAACACAAUAUGGUCACCAGCUCACACAAGCAGUUCGAUCGCAUCUGGUUCCCUAGAUAAUCGCUUUGCACCUCCAGUAAAUUAUCAAAAUUAUUCAGGAUAUUAUUCCAAUAUGGACUACAUUGCUCCGACGGUGCAACAACAACUAGAUAAUGCAAUAGAGACGAGUUGGAUGAAACGAGAAGAAAAUUGGUUUUACAAUUCAUCGAAUUGGGAAUCGCAUAAAAAUAAAUAAUUUUUGAUUUUUAAAUUACAAAUUCUGGUUUAAAUUUAGGAAACAUAUCGGAGUGUGUCGGAUGGGCAAGCAAUAAAAGUUUCAGUUUGUGUAAUUCAUCGAAAAAUAAAAUGUCUUCAGUAAUUAAGCCUA